AUGCUAUGGUUCCGCGCAGGAUUUGGAUUUGAAGUCAUUGAUUCGAGAGUCAUUGAUUGUGACCUUGAGGGAUCACGUUCCCAAAAUACGGUCAUGGGUCGGGCAUCCAUUCUUUCAUUCAAGAUGUCUAAGAUCGAUGUAUCGGAGUAUAGCAGAGAAGAGGGCUCACUCGAUGGCUUGAGCGAUGUGGAUCUAGUGACCUUCCCCUUUAAUGAUUUAGAUCCGCAUCAGGUUAGGUAUAGGUUGGAGGAUAUGGAGUACAAAUUCUUCGAGGUUGGAUCACUGGAUCAGGAACCAGGUGGGGUUGGUGGGGCCAUCUAUGUUUCUGGUUUUGCCGUCUAUUUCAGUCGAAACAUGUCAUAG